AUGCCGACCUCUCACGCAAGACAGUCGUCCCUAGACGAUGUCGACCCAUUUGCGACCGCAGACUUGUACUACGGACCCAAGACCGACCCUUCCAAGUCCAACAAGGCGUCCAGAUACGGCAGAACAAGGACCAUGUCUGCUGUCAUCCCUAACAGAAACAAUGCGACUUUGAGGCGUCGCGGAUCGGCCGAUGACUCCUCCAGCAUGAAGAACUCCAAGCGUUUUUUCAUCAGCGACAUCGACGCCACGCUCGAGGAGCUGCUUGAAAAUGAAGACACAGAUAAGAAUUACCAGAUCACAAUUGAGGAUAGUGGACCCAAGGUGCUGAAGCUCGGCACGGCCAACUCUAACGGCUACCGGCAGUAUGACAUCCGUGGCACUUAUAUGCUUUCGAACUUGCUGCAGGAGCUUACGAUUGCCAAACGGAUGGGCCGCAAGCAGAUGAUUUUGGAUGAGGCCCGGCUCAAUGAGAACCCCGUUAACAGAUUGAAGCGAGUCAUUUCUACCGCGUUCUGGAAAAACCUCACCCGGAUUCUUGACGAACACAGCAUUAUAGACAUGGCUUCAGACACCAAGAUCGAUACCCCUGAAGCUCGGAUUCCUCGUGUCUAUGUGCCUCAUAAUCAACACGAGCUCUACGCAUACUACCAAAAACUCGCCAAAAAAUGUCCAGAACAUAACCUGCAGGUGGAAUACUUGCCCGAGCACAUCGAUGGUGAGUAUAUCAAGUCUAUAAACCACAAGCCGGGUCUUUUGGCACUGGCCACGCGCAGACGCAGCCAGGAAUAUGGCGAUCUGGAGGGAUAUCCGUACGUCGUGCCUGGUGGAAGAUUCAACGAGCAAUAUGGUUGGGACUCAUACUUUGAGACCCUCGGUCUUCUUCUCAGCGGCAUCGUGGAUCCAUGUAUCGGGAUGUGCGAGAACUUUAUUUUUGAGAUCGAGAACUACCGCAAAAUCCUGAACGCGAACAGGUCAUACUAUCUGGGAAGGUCGCAGCCCCCAUUUUUGACCGAUAUGGCUUUGCAUGUGUUCCAUUAUCUUGAGGACCGAACAGGAAUCCAAGACCUUGGCUUUUUGGAGCGUACAGUCAAGGCAGCAAUCAAAGAAUACAAUACCGUCUGGUGCGCUCCGCCAAGACUAGACCCGGAGACCGGUCUUUCCUGCUACCAUCCAGAAGGCAAAGGUAUUCCUCCAGAGACAGAGGCCACGCACUUUGUUGCCGUCUUGAGACCAUACUGUGAGAAAUACGGCGUGUCUUUCGAGGAAUUCACCAAGAAAUACAAUGAUGGUGAAAUUGUUGAACCCGAGCUCGACGAGUACUUUCUCCACGACCGUGCUGUCAGAGAAAGUGGUCACGAUACAUCAUACCGGUUGGAAGGCGUGUGUGCCUAUUUGGCCACUGUUGAUCUGAACUCUUUGCUAUACAAAUACGAGAAAGAUAUUGCCUUCAUCAUUGGCCAAUAUUUCGACAACCACUUGGAAUUAAAUGGAAACGUUGAAACUGCUGAAAAGUGGGAGUUCUUGGCCGCUGAGCGCAAGAAACGCAUUGACAAAUAUCUGUGGAAUGAGUCCAAGGGAAUGUACUUUGACUACAACAUCAAGACACACAGGCAGAGUUUGUACGAAUCGGCCACAACGUUCUACCCGUUGUGGGCCAAGUUGGCGUCACGUGACCAGGCCAAAGCUUUGGUGGAGAAAGCGCUUCCACGGUUCGAGGUGUUUGGCGGCAUUGUGAGCGGAACGAAAGAGUCGCGAGGCGAAAUUGGGCUGAACAAGCCUUCGAGACAGUGGGACUAUCCUUAUGCGUGGUCGCCACACCAGAUCAUGACGUGGAAGGGGUUGCAGAACUACGGCUACGCAGCCAUUGCCAAGAGGCUUUCGUACAGAUGGUGCUAUCUGAUCACGCUUGCAUUUGUUGAUUUCAACGGCAUUGUCGUUGAGAAGUACGAUGCCACGUCUGAACAGAGGCCACACAAGGUCGAUGCGGAAUAUGGUAACCAAGGCUCUGAUUUUAAGGGUGUGGCUACCGAAGGCUUUGGGUGGGUGAAUGCCGGGUAUUUAAUAGGACUUGAGAACCUUGACACGAUCGGAAUCCGGGCCCUGGGGUUGGUGACGUCUCCUAAUAACUUCUUCCCGAAGUUGAGUGGGGCUGAGAAACGGAGUUAUGGGUUGUGA